UCUUAGCAUUCAACAGAUUUCAGAAAUGGAGGUUGGCUUAGCAGUUGGUGGUGCAUUUCUCUCUUCAGCUUUGAAUGUUAUCUUUGAUAGGCUUGCUCCUCACGGUGAGCUGCUCAAGGUGUUUCAGAAGCAUAAGCAUCAUGUUCGGCUCUUAAAGAAGCUGAAAGUGACUUUACUUGGUCUUCAAGCAGUUCUAAGUGAUGCAGAGAUUAAGCAGGCAUCAAAUCAAUUUGUGAGCCAGUGGCUUGAUGAGCUUCGAGAUGCUGUCGACUCUGCUGAAAACUUAAUAGAACAAGUCAAUUAUGAAGCUUUGAGGCUUAAGGUGGAAGGUCAGCAUCAGAAUCUUGCAGAAACAAGCAACCAGCAAGUAAGUGACCUUAACCUGUGCUUGAGUGAUGAUUUUUUUCUUAACAUAAAGGAGAAGUUGGAAGACACUGUGGAAACAUUGGAGGAUUUGGAAAAGAAAAUUGGCCGCCUUGGCUUAAAGGAGCAUUUUAGUUCGACUAAACAAGAGACUAGAAUACCUUCAACUUCUUUGGUUGAUGAAUCGGAUAUCUUUGGUAGGCAUAUUGAAAUAGAGGAUUUGAUUGACCGUUUAGUGUCUGAAAAUGCAAAUGGAAAAAAGUUGACUGUAGUUUCUAUUGUUGGAAUGGGUGGUGUGGGUAAGACAACACUUGCUAAAGCGGUUUACAAUGAUGAGAAGGUGAAGGACCAUUUUGGUUUGAAAGCUUGGUUUUGUGUUUCCGAGGGAUAUGAUGCUUUCAGAAUAACAAAAGGGUUACUUCAAGAAACUGGCUCAUUUGACUUGAAGGUUGAUGACAAUCUUAAUCAGCUACAAGUCAAAUUGAAGGAAAGCUUAAAGGGAAAGAAGUUUCUUAUUGUUCUGGACGAUGUGUGGAAUGACAACUACAACGAGUGGGAUGACUUGAGAAAUCUUUUUGUGCAAGGAGAUAUAGGAAGUAAGAUCAUUGUGACUACACGUAAAGAGAGUGUUGCCAUGAUGAUGGGAAACGAGCAAAUUAGCAUGGACACUUUGUCUAUUGAAGUCUCUUGGUCUUUAUUUAAAAGACAUGCAUUUGAACACAUGGAUCAUGGACAUCCGGAACUUGAAGAGGUCGGGAAACAAAUUGCAGCUAAGUGCAAAGGACUGCCCUUAGCUCUGAAGACGCUCGCAGGCAUGUUACGCUCCAAAUCAGAGGUUGAAGGGUGGAAACGUAUUGUGAGAAGUGAAAUAUGGGAGUUACCGCACAAUGACAUAUUACCGGCGUUGAUGUUGAGCUACAAUGAUCUUCCCGCACAUUUAAAGCGAUGUUUUUCCUAUUGUGCAAUAUUUCCUAAGGAUUAUGCAUUUAGGAAAGAACAAGUUAUUCAUCUGUGGAUUGCCAAUGGUCUCGUACCACAGGAAGAUGAAAUAAUUCAAGAUUCAGGCAACCAAUACUUUCUCGAGUUGAGAUCAAGAUCAUUAUUUGAAAGGGUCCCAACUCCUUCUGAAGGGAACAUAGAGAAAUUCUUAAUGCAUGACCUUGUCAAUGAUCUAGCCCAAAUUGCAUCUUCAAAACUUUGUAUCAGGUUGGAAGAGAGCCAAGGAUCUCAUAUGUUGGAAAAAAGUCGACACUUAUCAUAUUCAAUGGGAUAUGAUGAUUUUGAGAAAUUGACACCCCUCUACAAAUUGGAGCAGCUGAGGACAUUGCUUCCGAUACGUAUUGAUCUCAAAUAUUAUUACCGUCUAAGCGAAAAGGUGCAGCAUGACAUACUGCCAAGACUAAGAUCCUUGAGAGCACUAUCAUUGUCUCAUUAUCAGAUUAAGGAAUUGCCAAAUGACUUGUUCGUCAAAUUAAAGCUCCUCAGAUUUUUGGACCUUUCUAAGACAUGGAUUGAAAAGUUGCCUGAUUCCAUUUGUUUAUUGUAUAACUUAGAGACACUUCUCCUGUCAUCUUGUGUUGAUCUUGAGGAGCUACCGCUUCAGAUGGAGAAGUUGAUUAACUUGCGUCAUCUUGACAUAAGCAACACUUCUCGCUUGAAGAUGCCGCUACAUCUGAGCAAGUUGAAAAGCCUCCAAGUUCUAGUGGGAGCCAGGUUUGUUGUAGGUGGUUGUGGUGGUUUGAGAAUGGAAGAUUUGGGUGAAGUACAGAACUUGUAUGGAUCUCUAUCAGUUCUAGAUUUGCAAAAUGUGGUUGAUAGAAAGGAAGCUGUGAAGGCAAAGAUAAGGGAGAAGAAUCAUGUUGAGAAGUUAUCAUUGGAGUGGAGUCGAAGUAGUGCUGACAAUUCACAAACUGAAAGAGACAUACUUGCUGAGCUAAAUCCACAUAGAAACAUAAAAGAACUCCAAAUCACUGGAUAUAGAGGAACAAAAUUUCCAAAUUGGCUAGCUGAUCAUUCGUUUCUUAAGCUAGUACAAUUGUCUCUUAGCAACUGCAAGGACUGUGAUUCCUUGCCAGCAGUAGGACAACUUCCUUGUUUGAAACAUCUUUCCAUUAGAGGGAUGCAUCGAAUAACAGAGGUGACGGAAGAAUUCUAUGGCAGUUCGUCCAAGAAAAACCCUUUCAAGUCUCUUCAGAAGUUAGAGUUUGAAGAUAUGCCAGAGUGGAAGCAAUGGCAUGCACUAGGGAAUGGAGAGUUUCCUGCACUUGAGAACCUUUCAAUUGAAAAUUGUCCAAAGUUGAUGGGGAAGUUGCCUGAAAAUCUUUGUUCUCUGAUAGAAUUGAGAAUUUCAAGAUGUCCUGAACUCAAUUUGGAGACACCUAAACUGUUUACAUCCCAACAUGAGGAAAUGAAGCAGAUUGAGGGAUUAUUUAUUACUGAUUGUAACUCUCUUACCUCCUUUCCUUUUAGCAUUCUGCCGAGUACCUUGAAGACAAUAAGGAUAUCUCAUUGCCAGAAAUUUAAAUUGAAGGUGCCUGUUGGUGAGAAGAGUUAUUAUGACAUGUUUCUUGAGGAUUUGAUACUGGAAGAAUGUGAUUGUAUAGAUGAUAUAUCACCUGAGUUACUCCCAAGAGCACAGAAAUUGAGUGUAAGUCGUUGCCACAACCUUACUAGGUUUUUGAUUCCUAUUGCGACUGAAAGACUCUAUAUUUUGAAUUGUGAGAAUCUUGAAAUACUUCCGGUGGCAUGUGGGAGGAUCCAGAUGACGUAUUUGUAUAUUGACGGCUGUGAGAAGCUGAAGUGGCUGCCAGAACAUAUGCAGGAACUCCUUCCAUCUCUUAAGAAACUGGAACUGUGUAAUUGUCCGGAAAUGGAGUCCUUUUCUGAUGGUGGAUUGCCCUUCAAUUUACAACAACUUAAGAUCUGGAAUUGCAAGAAACUGGUGAACGGCCGUAAGGAGUGGCAUUUACAAAGACUCCCCUGUCUCAGGGAGUUAUUCAUCGUACAUGAUGGCAGUGACGAAGAUAUCGAACAUUGGGAGUUGCCUUGUUCUAUUCAAAAGCUUACCGUUCGCAAUUUGGAAACAUUAAGCGGCAAAGUUCUCAAAAGCCUCACCUCUCUUGAAUGUUUAUGUAUUGGUAAUUUACCUCAAAUUCAGUUAAUGCUGGAAGAAGGCCGGUUUUCCUCCUUUUCGCACCUCACUUCGCUUCAAAGUCUACACAUCAGGAAUUUCCCUAAUCUCCAAUCACUUUCCGAAUCAGCACUGCCUUCCUCCCUCUCUGAGCUGACCAUCAAGGAUUGCCCUAACCUCCAAUCUCUUCCGGUAAAAGGGAUGCCGUCUUCCUUCUCUAAACUACAUAUUUACAACUGCCCAUUGCUCAGACCACUACUAGAAUUUGACAAGGGGGAAUACUGGCCAAAUAUUGCUCUAAUUCCCACCGUUGUGAUUGAUCGGGAAUACCUGUGA